AUGGACGACCGAGAGUACGAACGCAUCUGCUCGCUGACUGCGUUCCCUGCAGCAGAUGCAACGCCGCGACUUUCAGUGACGGAAGAGCGCUUUGUGAUCAUCAAGAAGCAGCUCCACCAUCGUCACUUGCGCUUGGCCUUGCGUCGUCAUGGUCAGGACCGACAUUUGACACGCUAUUUGGCACGUCGCGCCGCUGGCGAGUCGAGUUGUAGCAUCGCCACGUCCGUCGCGUUUUCCCCGUGCAUGAUGGCGCGAUUGUUGCUGAAAGCCCAGUACGGGUGGAGCAAGACGACGAUUGCGAAGCUGUUCAAAGAAGCGAUGAAGGACAGGGCGCGUUUAGAUGGGAAGGUGCGGUGGACGAUCGGCGGGAGUAGUCAAGUAGUGUCGGAAGAGGACUAUGCAAAGGUGAUUCCAGAGAUUCGGGAGUGCAUUGACGCGGACGAGUAUUGUUCCCCGUUGGCCGAUCGCGUUCGCCAUAGUAUCGGCCAAGAGUACGAAGACUUGCUCUUGAUGACGUUACGGAAUCGACAGCUGCUGUUUGAGAGCGAGGAGAUGCUGCGGGAGAAAGGGCUGUCGAAGACUCCGGAUGUGCGGCUGUUGCUGCCCAUUGGCGUGAGAGACCCGAAGAACGGUCAACAACUACACGUGGUCAACUGGAUCGAUAGCAAGGCCAUGUUCGGAGAUCGGUACACGCACGAAACAGAGAACGCGAGUCAGUUGCAAGGGUAUGUCAACCGCUUUGGGCCUGGGAUGGUGAUUUACUGGUUCGGGUAUGUUGCACAGCUGAGUUCCGACAGCGACGUUUUCGUGACGGAUUCGUUUCCACGAGAGAUCUUUCUUCCUGGUGCUUUCGAUCCGCUUGCAUCAGUGACAAAGGUGCGCAAAGGUGAUGUCGUAGAGUUACGCUCGGCAAAGGUACAGACAGACUUUGACGAGGACUGGAUCCCCAUGACGUCCGUCGUCUGCGAGUGGUAA